AUGAUUUUGACUGAUGAUGAGGUAGUGGAAGAUUCAUCUCAACUUGAGGGAAAAGAAAGCCUGUGGUUAAUGGAGUUUGAUGGUAGUUGUGCAGCAUCAGGUUUAGGCGUAGGGGUAGUGUUAAUCCCACCUUCUGGCAAUCAUAUUCCUUUCUCUUUUAAAUUAGAAUUCAAGAAUACCAACAAUACGACCGAGUAUGAAGCUUUGUUGUUAGAUUUAGCCAAAGCUAAGAGAUUGGGGGUGAAACUCCUACGAGUUAAAGGAGAUGCUGAACUGAUUGUAAAACAGGUUAGAGGGUUGUUUAAUGUUAAAAAUGAAAGAUUGAAACACUAUCGGAAUAGAUUUUGGGACGAAAUCGAAGAUUUUGAUGCAUUUUCCAUUGAAGCAAUACCCAGGGAACUGAAUUCAAAAGUGGAUUCAUUAGCAGUCUUAGCUUCAUUGCUUGUACCACAUCCUGAAUUUUUUGAUGACAUUUAUAGGGUAGAGUUGAUAUAUCAGCCCAGUGUCCCAGAAAACUCAGAUUUUUGGCAGGUGUUUGAAAGCGAUAAACAAAUCAAUAAUUUUAUGCAAAGUGUAGACAUGUUUUCUGCCAUGUAUUUUGAAGGUUCAGAUACAGAGUGCAAAGAAUUUUUGCUAGAUUGA